AAUCACACAUUUUCCUCCCUGAAGUUAAAAUUGAUAAAAUCUCUAUACAUGUGUCUUGUUUGACAAUUGAUAAUAACAUUGAAAAAUAACAAUAUUGUUGACUAUACAAGGCAAUUUCUUCAAAUUGAGUAAUGAUGUGAUGUGUGUGGUUAACUGUCUCUACCCAGGAAGUGGUUUUAUUUAAAAGUUUUGUGCUCACCCCACCCCCCGCCUUUUUCUUCCCCCAGUACUGAAAUUAAGCAGCAUCCAACACAGGCCUACUCUUACGACAUGUGACUUUACUGUUUUCCGUUUUUGUUGAAAGAGUCAUUAACAGUUAGGAGUUGAUGGCAGUUUCAAUAACAGGUCAUUGCUGAGAAAAGGAUAGCACUAUAAUAUGCAGAAAUCUACAAAUUCUGAUACUUCUGUGGAAACACUGAAUUCUACACACCAAGGCACAGGAGCUGUGCAAAUGAGAAUCAAAAAUGCCAACAGCCACCAUGACAGGCUCAGCCAAAGUAAAUCCAUGAUCCUCACCGAUGUCGGGAAGGUCACUGAACCUAUAUCCCGACACAGAAGGAAUCAUUCACAGCAUAUCUUGAAAGAUGUCAUUCCUCCACUGGAACAACUGAUGGUUGAAAAAGAAGGUUAUCUGCAAAAAGCUAAAAUUGCAGAUGGAGGAAAGAAACUAAGGAAAAACUGGUCUACUUCCUGGAUUGUUCUUUCUAGUCGAAAAAUUGAAUUUUACAAAGAAUCCAAGCAACAGGCUCUGUCCAAUAUGAAAACUGGGCACAAACCAGAAAGUGUGGAUUUGUGUGGAGCACACAUUGAAUGGGCCAAGGAAAAAUCUAGCAGAAAGAAUGUCUUUCAGAUCACAACAGUAUCAGGAAAUGAGUUCCUUCUACAGUCAGAUAUUGACUUCAUCAUAUUGGAUUGGUUCCACGCUAUCAAAAAUGCAAUUGACAGAUUGCCAAAGGAUUCAAGUUGUCCAUCAAGAAACCUGGAAUUAUUCAAAAUCCAAAGAUCCUCUAGCACUGAAUUGCUAAGUCACUACGACAGUGAUAUAAAAGAACAGAAACCAGAGCACAGAAAAUCUUUAAUGUUCAGACUGCAUCACAGUGCUUCCGAUACAAGCGACAAAAAUCGAGUUAAAAGCAGAUUAAAGAAGUUUAUUACCCGAAGACCUUCCCUGAAAACUCUGCAAGAAAAAGGACUUAUUAAAGAUCAAAUUUUUGGCUCUCAUCUGCACAAAGUGUGUGAACGUGAAAAUUCCACAGUUCCGUGGUUUGUAAAGCAAUGCAUUGAAGCUGUUGAGAAAAGAGGUCUAGAUGUUGAUGGAAUAUAUCGAGUUAGUGGCAAUCUGGCAACAAUACAGAAGUUAAGAUUUAUUGUCAACCAAGAAGAGAAGCUGAAUUUGGACGACAGCCAGUGGGAGGACAUCCACGUUGUCACCGGAGCACUGAAGAUGUUUUUCCGGGAGCUGCCUGAGCCGCUCUUCCCUUACAGUUUCUUUGAGCGGUUUGUGGAAGCGAUCAAAAAGCAAGACAACAACACAAGAAUUGAAGCUGUAAAGUCUCUUGUACAAAAACUCCCUCCACCAAAUCGUGACACCAUGAAAGUCCUCUUUGGACAUCUAACUAAGUCAACCCCAACUUCCUCGUCCAUCAGUUGAGACCCAAUACUGCCAUACUACCUUGAAUUAUUUAGCAUCAGCUGAAGAAAAAAAAAAUCACCUUGAUUUAAAAAGCUUGCCUUCUGCUUUAAAGUAUAUAAAGAAAUUUGGUUCCCUUGUUUUAUGGAGCAAACUUCAAAGUGGAAGGGAGAAAAAAAAUCAAGCAGACCUCAAGUCACCUGAUUUCCAGUCCACUAAACCACACUCUGCUUUCUUGCCAAUACCAAUACUCGAUUGUGUUUCCAGGGAAGAAGGAAUGGUAAAACAAAGAGUGAGAAAGCUGAGCCAACUGUGAUAGAGGCACAGGCCAAUCCCUCAGACUCCCUUUUUCUAAUUGAACACCAGAUAUAAUCCCAGCCCUUUAAAUAAAAUUACCUAAUUAAUCCUAA